AUGAACACCGUACCAACCGGCAAUGUACCUCGUGCCAAUAGGGCCGGCAAUGAGGAGCAACCUCUGCUCGGGCAGCCGGCGGCGUCGAAGAAAGGAUGGCGGAAGAAGAUGAUGGUGAAUGUCCAUCGCGACUGGGCAGAUGUGGUCCUCGUCCUCUGUUAUAUUAUCACGGGCCUCCUCGACAGCGCGUCUAUUUCUACUUGGGGAUCUUUCGUAUCCAUGCAAACAGGCAACACGGUCUACAUUGGCCUCGGUUUAGCUGCACCCCAUGAGUCCAAACGGUCGAUCAAAUCGGGCAUUUCUCUCAUCUCCUUCUGCGUGGGAUCCUUCUGCUUCAGCCGCUUCCACCGGUACUUCACUGCCAGCCGACGAUGGGUUCUCUGCGCCUCCUUCUUGAUCCAGAUGUCCCUCAUCGUCACCGCGGCUGCCAUCCUCACAUGGGGUCCCAAAUCGGGCUCGGAUAAGGACUCCAUUGGCUGGAAUGUCCUCAUCCCUAUUGCUCUGGUCGCUUUCCAGAGUUGUGGCCAGGCUGUCACAAGCCGGGCGCUCAAGUACAAUGCGCUUACCAGCGUGGUGCUGACCAGCAUCUACUGCGACUUAUUCUCUGACGCGGAGCUCUUUGUUUUGCACAAUGCAGAAAGGAACCGCAGAGUUGGAGCUCCUGUUCUGUUAUUAUUCGGGGCUGUCAUGGGCGGCUUGUUGGCUCACAGUACAGUCGGAACAGCAGGCGUGUUAUGGAUCGCAGCUGCGCUCAAGUUACUAGUGGUGGUUUCUUGGUUCUUCUGGCCGGCUGCUAAUGAAUAA